CGUACGUCAGCUAUUUCUUUUUCUCUAAACGACUCUAGUGGACAUUACCAUGUUGCUUUUGAACUUUCUCACCUAUACCGGCAUAGCUGCUGCUAUGACCUGUAACAUCAUCGGUCCAGGCUCCGGCAAUUGCCGUUCCUGCCCAUCUGAUAACUGCGAUAUAAAGAGAAAAUUCAAUACCGGAAGCAAACAGGACUUCGGUUGUGUCUGGCCUGAUGGUGGACCGGUUAAUGGCAGAAAACGCUGGGGUUAUAACAAGGCUCAUGACUGCUUUGUGUCAGAAGUAAGGCUCGGCAAAUGCAACUUAAAUGGCGUGACGGAUUGUGUUGUGGCCUUUGCUCAGGGCUUUGCGCCCCCUCCUUCUUAGGUUUCCCUUAUAAUCAGGAUAACCUCCUUGUCGGCAAUCUCUCAGUUCUGCAUUAUCUGGACACAGUUGCCGUACCCCCCUUUGCUUUCCUUCAUUUACGGUUUGAUUUUCAAGGCAGGAGUUCUUCUGGAAGAUCUACUAUUCCAUUACGCGUGAAAUUCAAUAAGGAAAAAUCAUGUUCUUCCCCAAAAAAAAGGAAACCUUUAUGUCAACAGAAAAGGCCAUGUAUACGUUAUCUCCCCUAAAUGCCAAUCUUUAUUAUCACUGAAAUCUACCUCAAGUGAUAUGGUCAGUACUUUGUAUGUUUUCAUGACUUCGGGUGUCAAGGGAGCUUUUUUCGUAGGGUUUUAAGGGGAUGAUUCCUGUGACUCAGUUAUGCAGAACAUUAAGACAGGCAACGUAGCUAUGUGUUAAUGCAAAGACGUCUCAUACAACUAGUAGCAGGCAACAUCCCAUCG